AUGCGUGAGCUGCUCCGAGCCUUCUUCCUCAUCAAGGAUCCAUCGCAGAUCAUGCCCGCCUGCUUACUGACCGCGGGUCUUCUCUUGCUUACCCUUUGCGCUACAACGCUGAAACACUCAUUAUGGUGGCACAGCGCAUGUGCUGGUAUUCGCCUGAGACUGGCCAUGUCAGGCCUCAUCUUCGAUAAGAUGCUUACCUUGAAUCAGAAAGCCAUGGGGACCGCAUGUCUGGGCAACAUAAUUACUCUUAUCUCCGUCGAUGCCCAGAAGCUGGAAGGCGUAAGUUGCGUUUCGCCGAUUAUUUUGUUUUCGUAUAUCCCUGCCGUAAAUGUAAAUAGCUCUCCAGGUUUUCAAUGGAGGGAGCCCAUGGAGCACGAAAGCAACUUGGUUUUUCCAUCUUUUUCGGCCACUUUUCGUCAAAGUCUAGGCAGACUGUGA